AAGCAUAGAGAGAGAGAGGGUGUGUAAGUAAUCCAAACAGAGUUUAGGGGAUUUGCAAAAAUGGCAAAUUCAAAGAAAAGCAUAGCAAACUCAACCCUAGUGUUGAGGAUAUUCACCCUCAUCAUUCUAGCUGCUUCUGUAGUGGUUAUGGCUACAGACAAUUUCAAACUCAGUGAUGGCUCUAAAACUUCUUUCAAAGAUAUCAUUGCUUACAGGUUUGUGAUAACAACUGGAGUGAUUGGGUUUGUUUACACGACAUUACAAUUACCAUUUGCUAUUUAUUAUGUCUGCACUGAAAAGAGAUUGGAUUGUCUACCUGAGUUUGACUUUUAUGGAGACAAGAUUAUCAGCUUCCUUUUAGCAACCGGAGUUGGAGCUGGCUUUGCUGUCACACAUGAGCUAAAGAGAAUUAUUCAAUCGAUUUUUGAUGAUUAUGAAGGACUUGAUGAGCAAGAAUCAAAAACAAUUUCGUUCCUUAACAGAGGUUACAUAGCUACUGGGAUUCUAUUUGCGGGUUUCAUUUGCAUGGCUAUACUCUCAAUACUUUCAUCAAUCAACCGCAAUGAAAGAAAAGGCUUCUUCGGAUGAAGUUUAUGCAUUUUCUUACCCCCAAAAAAAAGUUUAUGCGGUUUUUGGAUGACACAAAUAAGUGUCUUUGUUAUUUUAUUUGAUUUAACUAUGUAUUCUCUUCUCCUCAUUUUUCUUUUUCGAUUUAUGGGAGGGAAAAAUAAGACUCGAAUCGUUGACUUGAGAUCCAUGAGUUCUGACCAUUUAAAUUACCCCCGUGAUUCUACUAUGUAUUCUCGGGAAUGAAUGGAGUUAAAUACAAGAGCAUCAAUAAGUGGAUUACUUUGAA